UUUCUUUCUUUUUCUUUUUCUUUUUCUUUUUUUUUUUUUUGUAUAUUUCUUUUCAAUGUAAGACACACGCACUCGUACGUAGUUCAAUAGUUCGUAGUUUGUUGUAGAUAUUUUUGUAAAGUCAUUAUCGAUCGAACGGACGCCAUUCGUGUUAAUGAUUCAUUCAAGUUCAAUUAUUUAAUCUUUCUUUUUUAUUAUUAAUUCUUUUUUUUUUAGUCCGUGAAUUACAAUAUCGUGCGUAAGAUAGGAAAAAUCAUGAGAGAUUAAUUCUCUCGAGCGUGGUAUUGUAGAUUUUCACUGUACUCAGCUACAACAAGUGAUAAAGCUACUUUGAUAAAUACCAGUUCAGUAUGCUUUUUUUUUUUUUAUAAACUUCUGUCUACAUUGAUGCCAACGUGGUAGGUUAAUUCCAAAGAAUGAUCCAUCGAUAUUCUCGAGGAAACGUGCUCAGUCGUGCAUUAUUUAAUCAUCUCUUCGUUACAAUGUGUGGUAUCGUUUGCGUGUAGUACAAAGAAGAAAAAAAUAGAGAGACAGAAAAAUAGAAAGAGACAGAGAGACAGAGAGAGAGAGAGAGAGAGAGAGAAAGAGAAAAAAAAAAGAAACUAAUACAUUUAGAAUUAAUGUUGAACAUUUGGUUCAGGGGAAGAGGACAUACAUAUUAACUAUUUUUUGCUGACGUUUCAUACUCGCGAGCAUGUAUCAAUUUUACGAUCGACGCUCCGAUUGGCUUGAGAAAAGAGAGGGGAAAAAAAAGAGAGAGAGAAGGGAAGAGAGGAGAAUGGGAGUAUGACGUUUAUACAAUUUUGUGCCGAAGUUCACGAGUCUUAUGUAAAACUUCUUACAUUCGUUUAAACGAACACGAAUAUCUUUAUCUAAUGAAUUACGAAUGAAACGAACGGAUGGAUCGUCGUGGCCAUAUUCGAUUCGAUUAUAUUACAAAAAAGAAAGAAAGAAAGAAAGAAAGAAAGAAAGAAAGAAAGAAAGAAAGAAAAGAUCGAUUAAAAGCCACGUGUUUACAAAUCCGUGAUUCUUCCGAUAAUUUCUUUGUUAUUUUUUUAUUUUUUAUCGAGUCACCCGGUAUGCACGUGUUUGGACAAAUGCGUUCGAUAAGUAUCACGUGGUUUGGUCACGCUCCAAGAAUAAAACGAUGACGUUGGUCGAUCAUUUUAACGAUGAUACAAGGCUUCUAGUGUAAAAGAUAGAGAGAGAUAGAUAGAUAGAAAGAGAGAGAAAGAGAGAGAGAGAGGGAGAGGGAAAGAGAGAGAGAGAGAGAGAGAGAGAGAGAGAGAAAGCAAACCCAUCCAAACACAGCGUAGAAAUAAAAUGCGUCGGUCAUCUUGGUUUGAGCAAACUCCUCAACGCAGGCGCGUUUACCAUAGAGUAGAGCAACAUGGACAAACAAGAGCGUACACACCACUACUCCGAUGCUUGCUAGCCGAUAUGGACGGUUGGGAGAAGAGAAACUGGUUGUUGGGGCCUCAGUCGACCCGUGUGCGUAGAACGUGUCACGUGUGUUGUUCCGUCGCUGUUGUCGAUCCACUGACUGAAUUUAUCUGCCAGUCGCCAUAGAUUCCAUCUUGUUUGACGCGAGGUGAGUCCAUUCUACGAGAAACGUAAUAAAAAAUAAUUUCAAGACUAGAGAAUAAUAAUCAAGAGAACGACGAAAAAGAAGAAGAAGAAGAAGUCAUAUUUGAAGAAUAAUAUUGAGAAUAAUAUUUCAAAAGGGAGAUCAAGUAUAAUAUUUAACGAACAGAAAAGAUCGAUAGUAAUAUUUUUCAAGGAAUAAGAAAGAAAAGAAAGAAAGGAAAAAUAAAUGAAGGAUGAUAUUAAUAAUAUUAUUUGCUCGAGUAUUGUUAUUAUAAUUAUUAUUUCUCUCUGUCUCUCUGUCUCUCUGUCUUCGUCUUUUUAGAAAUAAGAUAAUAAUCUUUAUGAGAAGUGAAUAAAGGAAAAUAAGGGAGAGUAAAGAGAGAAAUUUUUCCGAAAAAAAAAGAAGAAGAAUAAAGAUUAGAUUUAUACGAUCGUGGUUAUUCGAGGAUAAACAAAAAGAUCGUAGAGUUAUUUUUCAUGAGAAACGAAGGUCGUAAUUGUUCAAUGGACUUUAAGAAAAAUGAAAUAGAUAUUAUAAUUUCGGGGGAUAAUAUUUAGAAGAACUAAUACUAGUUUUAAGGCCUGAAAAAUAGUCCUUUAUUCGGGGACCGGUUUGUAGAAAGUUUCAAGGAUAUGUCGUCGACGGAUCUUGUUGGAUACACGCACGAGUUCCUAGCGGAAUUCAUUCAGCUUUACCGUGCUCAACCUUGCCUAUGGCAGCUCAGGUGCAAGGGUUACAAGGAUAGACUUCUUCGAAGUCGUGCAUACGAUGUCCUUGCACAAAAAUUACGCGAGGUAAACGAAACUGCGGAUAGGAAUACUGUGAUCAGAAAGAUCAACACUUUGAGAACGGCCUUCAGAAGGGAGUACAAUAAAGUUAAAAGCUCGCAAAGUGCUACUGGAGAUCAACAAAAUCAAUAUAAAUCUUCGUUAUGGUAUUACGAUCUUUUGAAGUUUGUCGCUGAACAAAAUAACGAAGAUAUUUUGUCUGGAAAGUCUGAAAUUAUGUCGAAGGAAGAAAAUAGUGGGACGAAUUUGUCGAACGAUGAAACGUUGAUACAUAACGAUGCAGAAAAAAUAGAACCACCGUCACCGAUACCAUCGAGAUCGAAUACACCGAAUAGCUUUCGUCCUGUGAUCCUUGGAACUGAAGGAUCUUAUGGAAUGGAAUAUUCAUCAUCGACUAUCGAUCUACCGGCUUCGAAUAAAAGAAAACAUUCUGAAUGCGAGAGAGAUCAUUGCACGAGGUCUACUAUGACGCAAUCGGCUUACGACGUCUCACCUACCAGAAGGAUCGUUGCUUGUUCUACGUCCGACGAUUUGGAAACGUUCGGUCUUUACGUCGCAUCGAAAUUGAAAAAAUCUACCGAACGACAGUGCAUCAUUGCCGAAAGGAUUAUAGCCGAAGUAUUGUUGCGUGCGAAUUUUGGUACAUUGGACGAAACUACAACUCUUACGGAAAAAUCACCGUCCCGUUGUUUUCUCGUAAUGGGUGGUGAUCGAUAAAGGAUAACGUAUGAUUCUCGAUCGAUAAAUUUUUUGUUUGUUUGUCUA